CCUUGAAGAUUAUUUGAUGAACUUUCGAGAUCCCUCGGUACUCCGAUGGCUGUUCAAGAGCUCGAGCACUGGUGAUCAUAACGAGGCGAAACAGCGGUUGCCCUUGGACAAGAAGGAAUCGAAGAAACCGAUUACUCCCGCGCGAAAACGCUCGUCUCUGGCUAGACCGGUCAGAGUUCAUGACGCUUGUUUGCAGGACCAUGGCCCGUUUGUCGUUAACUGGAACGAGGAUAAGAACUUGCAGAAUCAACAGCAGCAGCAGGAACAGCAGCUGCAGUGUACAGAUGACGAGAUCAGAGAAGAAAAUUCUGAAAAGGACAAAAAAAGCUACGAAAAGCGCUUGAAUCAGGGGAUCGACGACCUCGUAGAGAUUUGCGUUGACGAAGAAGUGACCACCUGGCCGAUCCGACUGCGCCUCGGUGAAUUCUUUGAACUAACGUUACCCAAGUGCCACAGACGCAAGCGCCGACGCAGACAUCUCAUGAUGAUAGCAACGAUGCGGGAAAAAACAAUGAAGUCGAUGAUGGAAGCCGGUGGCAUCAGGGCCAGCAGGAAGAAAGGCGCGUUCAAGGACACCGAGCGUCUACUCAAGGUGCUGAGCAUUAACAAUGUGGACCAAGACAGCAGGUACAACGUUGCCCGCUGUAUCGUCAUGUAAAAAAACGGCAAAGCUAAAAAGCGACAUUUUCUAUGAACUGAAGGAUAAAAUCAAUGGAUCCAGAAACGUGGUCAGAUGCUAUAAGUCAGAUUAUUUUUUAGUCUGAAUUGUUGUUUUUUUGAGUUCUUAAACGGUUGAAAAAAUAAAAAAAAUCUGAAAGAUUGAAAACAGAGCAGAUUUCUAAUGAACUUUAUUAAUUAAGUUACGUUGCAAAUGCUUAGUUAAAAAUUUUUUUUUACUA